AUGUCUUCGUCAUUUAUGAGCGCUUCAUUUUCAAAAAAUAAACAAAAGUCCUCAAAACCUUCAGAAAAUGGUUUGUCAAAUUUACAGUCUUUUCGUGGUAACAUAAAGACAAAUACAUCUUCUGUUCCCUCCUCACCUUCAACCGAACCCAAGAACUCAAACAUACAUAAUGGCAUGUUUAAGUGUAACCAAGCUUUUGCGCAAAAAUCCAAGAAGCUUAUGGGUCUUUUGAGCGAUUCUUGUUCGAUCCUUAAACAAGUUCGUGAAACUAACAAACAACGAUGGGAUUUGCACUAUCCUUUUGUUUCUCAAAUGCCAGAAUUGCAAAGUCCAAUCUAUGAUGAUAAAGGUCUCAGGAUUGUUAGUAACAAAACUCAAAUGAGCAAAUUUAAGCAAAAGGUUACUGAUCGAUUGCAGUUUCAAUCUGACAUGUCAACAUCUCAAGAUUUUAAUUCAAAAUUAAAUGUUCUCAAGCUUGAUUUGAAAAAAGGGGAUACGUCUUCUGCCGAGACUGUCUUUGGAGAUCUGAAAAAAGACGCAAUUGCCACUUUAUUAGAUGGUUGCUUCGCUAAUAUUAUUAAACGAUGUGAAAAUCUUCAUGCAAGAGUUUCCGACACCAGCUCUAAAGUUUUGGUUGCGGGUGACGUAAACGCCGGAAAAAGUACAUUCGUAAAUGCCCUCCUGAAGAGAGAGGUGAUGCCAGUUGACCAACAACCAUGUACAACUUUAUUCUGCGAAGUACUUGAUGUUCAGGAAAAUGAUGGUGCUGAAGAAAUCCACGCUAUCAAAGACUUUACUUCAUACAAAAGAACGGACGCAUCAACUUUUACGGUUAUUGAAUGGAAUGAUUUGUAUGAUACGAUUGUUAAUAAUGAAGAAUCAGGAGAGUACGCUCAAUUAAAAGUAUACACAAAGGAUCGUCGAAACGCUCAAGAAAGUUUAUUGCAUAAUGGAAUCAUCGAUAUCGCAUUGAUUGAUUGUCCUGGUUUGAAUAGGGAUACUCUCAAAACCACGGCAUUAUUUGCUAGACAAGAAGAGAUUGACGUUAUCAUUUUCGUCGUUAGCGCCGAAAAUCAUUUCACCUUGUCUGCUAAAGAAUUUUUGUCUAACGCUUCCAAGGAGAAAGCUUACCUUUUCAUAGUCGUUAAUAGGUUUGACAACAUUAGAAUGCAAGAAAAAUGUAGACGAGCGAUUUUGGAACAAAUCAAAGAGGUUUCUCCACGUACUCAUGAACACGCAGAAGAUUUGGUUCAUUUCGUUACAUCUACGGCCAUAAAGGUUGAAAAAGAUGAUGAUGUUAAUCAUUCGUCUCGUCUUUCCAGCGCUAUCGAUCAAAAUGUCAAUGAUAUAAAGAGUAUUGAAGACUUUGCCCGUCUCGAAGAGUCAUUACGUACCUUUGUAUUGAAAAAACGAUCAAAAUCGAAACUCGCACCUGCUCAACAUUACCUUGACAAUUUGGUAACCGACAUUGGUGUAUUGGUCGAGUUUAACAAGAAUAUUGCCCAACGAGAAAAUUAUAAGGCAGGUAUAGAGCUUGAGGAAGCAGAGCGCACUCUGAAUAAGUUGGUUGCUGAUGAAAAGGCAGCUGCCGCAACCGCUGAUGAAGCAGAAAAUCGUACCUGUGAGGAAAUAGGAGACUUUACUAGAAGAUCUUUGGAAAGAGCCAUCGAAAACGUUGAUCAAUUUACUUCAUGCGAAUAUCAUGGAUUAGUUUAUAUCUGGAGUUAUGCGAACGACCUUCGUGAUUCUAUGUUGGAUGAGAUUUAUAGAGAAGUUUUAGCUUCGGAAGAAAAUGCUAAAAAACAGACUGCCAAAUGUAUUGAUUUAAUCCAAGAUCUUGGAAGAGAUUUGAGAGGGGAGGACAAGCACAUUAAUCUCGAUAAAAUGUAUGCUAAGCGUGGCACGCCCAUCUCGAUUAAUAUAGAGAUUUCCGACUUCUUUGAUUUUAAUUUGAACGAUAGGUUUAGUGAAGAAUUGAGUAUUGUAGGUCUAACUGGUGCAGCUGUUAUGUGUACCGCAACAAAGUUGAAUGGCCUUUCAUUUUUGUGGGAUGUAACUUACUUCUUAGGCUUUAAUAACAUGCGAAGAUUGCUUCUGCCAUUAGUCGGACUAGCUGGGAUCGGUAUUACUACCUAUGUACUCUAUGACACCAAGCGGGUGAUUUCCCGUAAAGUUGCUCGUAAAAUUCGUUGUUAUUUAAAACGUUCGGACUACGUGAAUUCCCAAGCAAAUCGCAUUGUAAGACAAGGUCGCAAGAAAAUGCGUUUGGCAUCAGAAAAUAUUCGAUUACGAUUCAGAAGAGCCGUGGAAGAAGAGAAUUCAAAGCAAGUGUCCCAUCGCAUAUCAUACAAGAAGUCGGAAGAAGCUGUUAAAUUCUUUGAAAAGAUUUUUAGUCAGACUGAAGUAGUGUCCGAUUCCUUGGAAGAUCUUCUUGGUAAUCACGAAUGGGAAGAUUAUGAGGAAAUUCCAGUUUCCGAUUAA